AACCACCGCCGCUGAAACCACCGUCUCCGCCGUAUCGCCACCACCGCAAAAUCUACGGUCAUUCUAGAACACUCCGAAAGAGAAUAUAUACAUACAUAUAUAUAUAUAUUUCUAUUUCAUAUUUAUUCGUUUGAUUUAGAAAUCAAAAUGUCUAGUUACGAUGGGUCGUUGGCGCCGCCGCCGUCGGCGGCGGCGGUGCAAAAGUCGCCGUGGCACUCGCCGGUGCCGUACCUCUUCGGCGGAUUGGCCGCCAUGCUCGGUCUCAUUGCCUUCGCCCUCCUGAUCCUCGCCUGCUCCUAUUGGAAGCUCUCCGGCUACCUCGAGCACAACGCCGGCGACGGAGAGAGGGAUCUCGAGGCAGGCGAGGGCGCCGCCGCCGGAGAUGGAAACGGGAAGCCGGCGCCGCCGGUGAUGGAGGAGAAAUACUUGGUGAUCAUGGCCGGGCAAAUUAAGCCGACCUUCUUGGCCACUCCGGCGUCGAGCAGAGCGCCGUCGUUCGGAAGUACGGCGGCGAGUAAUACCUCCGGGAGCAGCGAAAACAGUUCUGAAGAAGAUUUCGCGGCGGAGAAGAAGCCGGAGGACGGUAACCGUCCGAUCGAAUUGGGGAAUUUGGACGGCCGUGAUUCAGCCGCCGCCGAUCAAGUGCAGUGAAAUUGUUUUUUUCAAUUUGUAAUUAAAAUUUUUGAGGAAAUUUGGAUUCGGAUAUUGUCUGAAGCCAAAACUCCCUUUUAAUUUUUUUUUUUUGGAAUUCCCAAGUUUUGGAAAUGGAGUUUGCCUAUACAAUUUCUUGCAAUGGGAUUUCGAUAUUGGUUACAAAAAUUUACCAAACUAUGGAUAUAAAUUAAAUAAUUAGUUGUUAAUUCUUCUGAAGAUUGUGUAUAUAUAUAUAUAUAUAUAGUUGUAUGUAUCUACAGCUAGAUUUGGACAGGUCUUCUGUACUACAAAGAGCCGUACAGUACAGACACUAUAAAAUAAUCGUGCCAUUAAAUAGCGUUUUAAGUGAAA